CCUCGCCCUCUUGUACUGCGAGCAGCUCAGGAGAAAGAUCAUUCUUCGCAGCUCAGGAGGAAGGUCAUUCUUCAAGUCCAAGAUGAAGCCUUAUAUCUUUAUUGUCUUUAUAGCCUUUUUCAUCUGUGACAAUUUCACUAUGAUUUAUUGUGCCAGCCAUGGGCGUGACGCAACAAAACAAGCUUUCAAACAAUGCUCUGAAAUACACCAGAUUAGUGAAGAAAUUAUUAAUGGAAUAAGGAACCGUGCACAUAUACCUGAUGAUCAAGAACUCAAGUGUUGGCUUGGUUGUGUUUUUAAGAAGCUAGGAAUGAUGAAAGGAGGGAAAAUAGAUUGGGCUUCUAGCGUGCACUUCACAAAUAUCUGCCAUACCGGUGAGCAGGACCCAAGGAAGACCGAUAAGAUGAUCCAGAUAUGCAAAGCUGAAGUUGCUCAAGAUGGAAUAGACGAAUGCGAGCUGGCAUAUUCUGCAGCUGUUUGCAACAUCAAAACCUGGAAAGAGCUUGGUCUUCUUGAAGAAAAUUUGGAUAAGUAGUUAAUAGCAGAUCUUUAGCAAUGUUGAAGAUAUAUAUAUAUAUAUAUGAGGCAGAGACUGGCUAGCUAAGGAUUUAAGAUGUAUCUGACAUUGUAUGUAUCAAUUAUUAAUAAAUGAAAUGAAUUUUUAACUGAAUGUUAUUUAAACCCUUAAUUGUAUUUUUUUAUAAAUACAAAUAUAAAUAAAUAAAAUAUUUCUCAGUAUA